AUGUCUAUCCAUGCCAUUUUGCCUGUAUUUCAGGAAUGGAUGACUAGGCGCCACGGCUCGCUCUCAUUCCGCACGACACAGAUUCUGACGGGGCAUGGUUGCUUCGGUAAGUAUCUGUGUCGAAUAGGAAAACAGCCAAAUGCUGCUUGUCACCAUUGUGACUGUGAGGAGGACACGGCUCAGCACACCUUAGAGUCGUGUCCAGCGUGGACAGCGGAAAGCGAUGCACUACGUGCUAUGGUUGGAUCAGACCUUUCACUUCCGAUCGUAGUUGGUGCCAUGUGUGAAAGAGAGGACGUGUGGAUGGCAGUGCUGUCUUUCUGUGAUGCAGUGAUGUCACAGAAAGAAAGUGCUGAGCGCGACCGGGAGCGUAGGAAUCCCGUGCGUCGCAGAGCACGCCGCAGGGGACGUCGGGUCACUUAG